GCGGCGGCGGCGGCCAUGUACGUGCAGGAGGAGAAGAUCUUCGGCGGCGGCGGCGGCGGCGGGAAGGUGCUGCGGCUGCACGUGUGCACCCUGGACGGGGCCGAGUGGCUGGAGGAGGUGUCGGACGACACCACCGUGGACAGGCUCAAGGAGCGCUGCCUCAAGCACUGCUUGCAUGGGAGUUUAGAAGAUCCCAAAAGUAUAACCCAUCAUAAAUUGAUCCACGCAACUUCUGAGAGAGUGCUGUCGGAUACAAAAACAGUCUUAGAAGAGAACAUUCAAGAUAACGAUGUCUUACUAUUAGUAAAAAAGCGAGCCCCCCCUACUCCUCCUAAAAUGGCUGACGUCUCUGCUGAGGAAAAAAAAAAGCAGGAACAGAAGGCUCCAGAUAAAGAUGCUAUUCUCAAAGCUACAGCAAAUCUUCCGUCUCACGGUGUGGAUCGGACCGUUACCCAACACAACAUGAGAGAUUUUCAGACAGAGCUCCGGAAGAUCUUAGUGUCGCUUAUAGAAGUGGCCCAGAAAUUAUUGGCACUGAACCCAGAUGCAGUUGAGUUAUUUAAGAAGGCAAAUGCAAUGUUGGAUGAGGAUGAGGAAGAGAGAGUGGAUGAAGCUGCUUUGCGCCAACUUACAGAAAUGGGUUUUCCUGAAAGCAGAGCUAUGAAAGCACUUCGACUGAACCACAUGUCAGUCACGCAGGCCAUGGAAUGGUUGAUAGAGCAUGCCGAAGACCCCGCCGUGGACUCACCUCUUCCUGGUCAAGCCAUGUUAGAAGCUGCGGGGGCCACCGCUUCCUCCUCUCAAGCAGCCGGCGGGGCCAGUACAGAAGGAGAAGACAUCAAGGAUGAGCUGACGGAGAUUUUCAAGAAGAUACGCAGGAAAAGAGAAUUUCGACCUGACCCACGAGCUGUCAUUGCCCUGAUGGAGAUGGGAUUUGAUGAGAAAGAAGUGGUAGAUGCCCUCAGAGUAAACAACAACCAGCAAAGUGCAGCUUGUGAAUGGCUAUUGGGAGAUAGAAAGCCCUCUCCAGAGGAUUUGGAUAAGGGUAUUGAUACUGAUAGUCCAUUAUUUCAAGCCAUCCUUGACAACCCUGUGGUCCAGCUAGGACUUACAAAUCCCAAAACUUUGUUAGCAUUUGAAGAUAUGCUUGAAAAUCCUUUAAAUAGCACUCAGUGGAUGAACGAUCCUGAAACAGGACCCGUCAUGCUACAGAUCUCCAGGAUCUUCCAGACGCUGAACCGCACAUAGGGUGACUCCUUUCUCUUGAGCCACUUCCUGGCAUAACUUCAUGUUCCCUAAAGAAGGAGGAACUGGAGAUUUGGGGAGAGGGAAAGAAAAAUUGCUGUUAUUCUUUGACUAGAGCCCCUCUUCUUUACACUUCUCAGGCAAGAAGGGAAGUGUAUAAGCUCAUGGCCACCCAGAAGUUUAGUUGCCUUGUGGAUUUAGUGGUAGGGGAAGAGGUGUGAGAAGACUCUUUGUAUUCAGUUGUUAGAUUGGGAAGGAAAAAAAAAGCAAUCCAUAUCCAGGAGUACAUUUGUGAAAACAACUGGCAGUUGAUUGGGAGAGUAAUGACUGCUCAAAUUCCCUUCUUACUCCUCAAGAAAAAGCUGAACUUGUUACAAUAAUUUAUAAGUCAGUGUUUUUUGUAUCUGACUGGUGUUUACAAAAAGUCACUGGCCACUACAGUGGGUGAAUGAAAUGAUUCUCAUCUCUAAAGAGUAUUAAGUUAUGGCUAAUAAAGUGAAAUUCUACUUUUAAUUGA